UGUCAUCUCUCUUGUUCUAUGUUAUUGUGACCGAAGAGACGAAAUAAAUUUCAUUCAUUCAUUCAUUUAUUUUAUAUUAAACAGCAACCUUGAACAAACGUGUUACUCCCAUGUUGCUACAGCUGCGGAACGACAAAUUGGUCCUGAAAUAAUCACACUGCGCCUGCAUAUACCAUACCUUCAAGUGAGUGACCUGGGGACGUACACCAUCUCAGUUGAAACAACUUCAAAGAAAUUCGGCCACAGUAACGCUUCUGUUAUCAUAAUGGAAAAAAACGUCAACAACUUCCCUUUAGUUGUCGGCCUCUCAGUUGGUCUGAGUGUUUUGCUGAUAAUUGUACUGGCAGUGAUACUGUUAGCUUGCUGUUUUCAAGUCUACACAAAAGUUUUUUGGAAGAAAUAUUUCAAAGCCUACACUUCAGAGACGAAUGAUUUUGGAGCAUAUUUGUCGUACCAGUACUCAACUGAAAUGGAUAUUUUCUCGCAACAGCAAUCGCGCGAUGCUUUAGCAACAACACGUGAUACGUUGGAGAAACUCGGUUACCGACUGUUCGAUGAAAAUCGUGAUGGUCAAUCAAAUGGAUACAUUGCUGAAAGCUCUAUUCAAUCAAUGGCAAAAUGUCAUAGAGUGGUUAUUAUACUAACAUCUGAAUACAUCAAGGAUAACUGGAGUGUGUUCAGAUUACAACAGAGCUUCAUGAAAAUGAUCGAGUCGGGAAGAAAAGUGAUUUUCAUUCUUGUUCCUGGGAUUCAGGAAUUUGUUAAACAAAAAGCCAACGAAGGGGAUGCUUGCUGUAAGAUGGUUUGUCGGGCCUUGAAGCUCAACCAUGCUAUUAUAUGGUCUGAUGACAAGAAAUUCAACUUGCGAAAAUUCAAACUACAACUUGAUGUAGCAAUGCCUAAGAUCAACCCCCAUUCCACUAGUCUACCAACACCUAUGAAUGAGAAUGGCAACGGGAAACCAAAUGGUUACCAUCGUGGCAUCAGCACCGCAACUGACGUUACUGAGCUUAAUUCUCCAAGAUAUUUAAGCGAUGGAGUUGACGUUUAUUUUCCAACUGUUGAUGAGAAUGGAACACAAGAUGCACAAGUGUGAUGUACAGUUCGUGAAACAUCAAAAUGUCAACAUAAAGGGCAAGCUUUGCAUAUGUUCGGGGGCAGAGGGAUAUCUUAUAACACGUGCUGUGCUCUAACGCUUAUAAAGCAUUUCUUCAAUCUUUUUUUGAACAUUAUACACAAAUGAGAAAUCUGUAGUUUUUUCAAAAUAAGUCAGUUUUUCAACAGUUUUCAAAAUAUAUCAGUAGAGUUUUUUUAAAUUGUAUUACAAUUUAUAACAUUCCACUUUAGGUUUACAGAAGUUAUCAAAUUACUAGGAUUAAAGUAUAAUCCAUAAAUAGGGAGUUAAAAAUAACUUAAUACACAAACAUGCUUGCUGCUAUUAGGUGU